AUGCUUUCGCAGUCACUUAAGAUCUUGGGUGACCCGGACUACGAGAUACUUGAUCAAGGCAACGAAAGUUUCGCUGAAGGGGUACCUCUGGGGUGGGACAAGCCCAUUGCCAGAACGCCUCAGGUCUUCCCAAAGCGCACUCACUUCAGGAAACUCGACGAAAGCGACUUUGACCCUUCAAUGGUCAAUUAUCGCUCGGCGGAGCUGAAUGCAGCACAGCUUGAAGAAAAGUUCAGACAGGACGAACAGGCCGGAAUGAUGUUGUGUACUACUGAACCAGAUUCUCGGCGGAAGUACGGCUCCGAGGCCGUGCUCAUCGCUGCGAUGGGUGCGGUGACUAAAGCUAAUGGUGAUGUCAGACCGUUGCAUGACGGAACAUGCGGCAUCAACUUGAACAACAGUAUUGUCAUCUUGGACAAGUUACAGGUCCCUGGACCGGAGGACUUGCAAGAGGUUGCUUCGAGGGUGAAAGAAAGCAAGGAGGUGCGAGAAUGCGACUGGCCACGUUUGGCAUGCAAGUCAUCCAGCGCUUCGCGCGUCUUAUGGCUCAACAAGGUUGGGACGUUUGGCGUGAGUUCCGCCGCCUACUACUGGACGCGCCUAUUUGGCGCAGUAGGGCGGUGGGCCUUUCGUGUGUUGCACUCGGACAAGUUUUACAUGCUUGUGUACGUUGACGACGACCUUCACGCGGUGGUGUAUGGCAGUGACAAGUUUGAAACCCUUUGGAUUCUUUUCCUCGCGUUGGAAAUCAUGGGCACACCUUUUUCUUUCCAUGAGUUUAAAGGGGGUGUGAAUGUUGAUUACAUCGGGUAUCAUCUUUGCUACUACACUUGGUCUGCAGGCAUCUCAGAGAAACGAGCAACUUGGAUCAUUGAAUGGAUCAACCAAGCUGAACAAGCACAAUGGAUGGUGACCGGGCGUCAGCUCACCGAAUUCAUUGGGCGGUUGAAUUUCGUGACCCGUUUGCUUGCGUGGUUGAAACCUUUCUUGGCACCGCUCUUUGCUUGGAGUGCCGCGCUCAACCGUAGCACAGCUGCUACUGCACCAGAGAUGGUAAUCCACGUGUUGCGGUUUUAUCGCUGGCAGUUCAUGAAUGGCGCACGCCUGGACACAGUGCACAUGAGCUGGCCUUCUUGUGACCGGCAGGCUUUCAGGACAGAUGCCAAGUGCGAGACCGGCCGGGUCGUGCUGGGUGGAUGGUCGCUGGAACAUGGGCUAAACACUCAGCAAGCUCCGUGGUUCGCGCUGGAAAUUUCACCAGCUGAGCUGCCAGCCCUGUUUAAGGAAGGGCACUCUUCUGAAUGGGCUUCGACUACUGCUGAGCUUCUCGCGUCUUACGCGGGCCUUGUGGCGUUCCGACACCUUGUGCCAACAGGGGGAAGGGACUCGCUUCGCUUGCAGGUUCACGCCAGGACAGACAAUUCUGCUACACCUGCUGUUUUGUCAAAGGGGAUCAGUAAUAAGUGGCCGGUGCAAGGGCUGCACAUGCAGAUGGCAGUCUCUCCAAGGAAGGCCAACAAGGUAUGCCGGCUGACCUGGCGACCGCGCGAGGAAAAUCAGGACGCAGAUGAUCUCACGAACCUUCGUUUUGAAAAUUUU